GCGGCACUGAUGUUUGCAUCUCAGGCUCUUCCGUCUGCCGUUCUGAUCGGCUACCUAUGCUUCUUGUUGGUACUUGAAUCUGGGACUCUAUUCUUAUCUGGAGGUAUAUCCCUCCUGAUGCGUUACACACUGGUCCCCACAGUCACUUGGGAGAAGCAAUUGGAAUUAACUUUUGAGUACUUACAUUUUAGAUUAUUUUUACCUGUGUGAAGCACUGCGUGUGCGUUAGAAACGCUCAGGAGGAACAACAUGUGUAAUUUUCCUUCGGCCGACUUCGCGCUGUCCUAUGGUGGCUUACCGGCCCUCACUCAAGGUCAGCUGUAUACCAUUGUUGUGGAUUUCGCUAUCCCGGACAGUCCUUUUAAUCAAGCAUCAGGAAUGAGCCUCCUCACUGUGGAACUCUUUGACGCUGACGGAAACCGUACAAUGCUCUUUCGAAAGUCGGUCAGUAUAAAACUACUUGCGUCAUUACUAUCCCUACGUGUUCUUUUCACUUUCCCUCUGAUUGUAAGUCGAAUUCACAACUUGUUGAAUGGAACUGGUUUUGGUCAUCAUGCACAGCUCACUAGCUUCAGAUGCUACAAUUGAACUUACCAAUCAGGCG